UAGAUCGUGCAAAUACCUUGUAAAUCAAAGUAUUUCUGCGAAGAGGAAGAGGAUUGAAAAACCUGGUGUUCAUGGCAAUGCAAACAAAGGCAUCUCGAUUCUCGCCAGGACUCCCAUUAUGAUUGUUAUUCGCCAAACAUUCACAUAAACGGCACCCUUUGGACUCUGUUGUCCUCGAUCAACGUGUUUCCUGAAACACAGUUUAAGGGGUCUCCCUUUGUUGUGUUUGCUGUGCCAUUCUUAGGACAGACGCCGCAGCGAAGGUGCCAGUGCCAUUAUCCGCUCGCCCGUUCGCAGUUUCACAAGGAGUUGGUCGAUUCAUAACGAUAUGGAAAAUGCGUCAUCGAAGUCCGAGUUGGUGGAUGAAGAGGGAAGGAAGUUUGGGGUCACUUUCGGAGGAAAGUCGAAGAGCGGUUGGCGAACGAGCUUUUUCAUAAUCGGUGUAAUAUGUUUUAUUGCGAUUGCAUGUUUAUGUGCAGGAAUAGUAUUGCUCGCAAAGACAAAGAGCUGUAAAGAUGACAGCAAGGCAGGCACCAGCUCAGCCGCCACUGGCAAAUCGACAUUAAAGGAACAGUGUAAAUUUUCAGAUGAGGCAAAGAGAAUAGGACUUGAGACAUUUCUGAAGAAAGUUAAAGAUACCUAUUACAGGGUUCAUCCUGAAAAUGCUGCAUGGCACCCAGACGCAACUACAGACCGUAUUCGAAAAGAAUACCGGGCGUAUGACCCAACACCUGCAAAAAUCAAAGAGAGAACGGAUGCAGCGAUUACCCUGCUCGACGAAAUCAAUGCCAAGAAAGAAAACGCGAAUUUGCUCAAGCCAAGAGAGUACAAGGCUCUUCUGCAAGUGAGGCAUUACUUGAAGUAUAUGUACGGGACACCAUAUGACGAGAACUACUACGCUGGGGACUGGAUGCUGGGGCCUAACUCCUUUUGCUGGCAACCAAUCUGUAGCAUUGGCUACGAUAUUUACAACAACAUUGGUAAUAUGAAACCAAGAAAUUACCAAGAGAUCAAUGACGUCAUCAAGCACAUAAAGGAUAUCAAUGAAACCAUAUAUCAGUACAUUUCCAAUAUGAAACUUGGUAUUAGAACUGGAAUGGUUAGAACGCAGGUUGAAUGUCGUGGUGGGCUAAACUCGAUCAAGAAACAAUAUGAGCAAAUAGCAGACAAUGGAGCACAAGGUGUACUCAAGAUUUGGUUUACGAGGACAAUACUCAAUGCCGAAACAUUUUUGGCCAAGUUGCCAAAAAGCACUCAGGACAAAUGGCAAUCAGACAAAGGAAAGAGUGUCAACCAGACAUUUAGAGAUGCUACUGUUACCUAUAUGGGAGCUGCAUUAGACCGAAUGCUUAAGUAUAUAGAGAAUGAGCAUUUCAAUCACUGUAGACCAGACAACGGUGGUCCUGGGGGCCUCUCUGGUUUGCCAGUCGAUUAUAUUUACCUAAACGGAGUGGCUGACAAGAGCAAAGCAACAACCAAAGUCCUUCCAAUAAAAAGCUCGACAGGCAAAUACCCGGUCAUCAAUGGGAACCAAUCUUACGAAAAGAUCAUGGGCUAUUUUACCACUAAAGAAAUAAGUCCCGACGAUGUCCACAAAUUAGGAUGGGAAAUGGUGAACAAGUUGUACCCGGAGGCAGUCAGUAUUGCGAAAACAGUCUCAAAUAUCAACGAUAAUGAAACAAGAGCAGUAGAAGAGUUUCAAAAAGUUCUGAAGAAUACUUCACGGAGUUUCUUCAAUACAGAGGAAAUUCCUCGCAACGAGAGUGAAGGAGAUGCGUUUAAGCUCUGUAAGUCGAUCGAAGGUGCAAAGAAGUAUUGCCCUAACAGAUGGAAGGCUAUGGAGGCAUGGUUUGCCUUUGCCAGAAAGGCGAUGGCCAUGUUGGAUCCAAAGACUAUCGAUAUGUUUUACUUCAGUGGUGAUAAACACACAACGCCCAACUGUCCUGUUGAUUUGCGACCGGACUUUAUUCCAACGACAGCUGCUCAGAGCUACCAGAGUAGUGGCGUCAAAUGCACGACCAACUCAAUUUACAAUAUCCCGUUUUUCUUAAAGAACCUUGGACCAAAAUACUCCGAAUACUCCGUGAACGCACACGAAGCACGACCAGGGCAUCAUACCCAGGUUCAAGGGACCGCGGAGCAUUUCUAUGACCAGUGUGGUGGUGAUAUAAAGUGGCUAGAUGAUUCAACCUACUAUACGGCAUUCACUGAAGGCUGGGCAUUAUAUGCAGAGAACCCAUUGAUUGCAAAGCAAACAGAUGUCUACAAUAACGAACCUAUGCAGAAGUUUGGUAUGCUCAAAUGGCAGAUUUGGAGGGCACUCAGAUUGGUUGUCGACACUGGGUUGCACUACAAAGGCUAUACCAGACAACAAGCCAUUGAUUUAUUUGGGAAGUACGCAUGGGACAAAUCGGACAUUGCCACGAAAGAGGUACUACGCUAUCAGAGCAACCCUGGACAAGCAACUGCCUACAUGAUUGGUCAGCUAGACAUAUGGAGGUAUCGAAAUGAAACCAAGAACGAUUUAGGCGAUAAGUUCUCUUUGAAGGAGUUCCAUUUCCAGGCACUAUCACAAGGAUCUUCGCCACUUAGUUAUUUAGAAAGUCAUCUGAAGAAAUACCGUGGUUGCAAGAAAGAUCCGAAAAAAGAAGGCUGCGACCUCGUACUGAAUCCUGCCAAGCAGGUUACUUCUUCGUCAAAUACUGCAACGAAAAGUGAAAGCGAUGCGCUUGACAUAAAGUGGCCACAAAGAGUUCAUCAUAUAUAAAUGUUUUAGUUCAUAUAUUUGGGGUAUAGGUUUAGCAUAAAUAUUACGAUGAUUUGCCAAUAUAUCAUGAAAGAUUUAACUCAUUCUGCUAUUAACUGUACAUAGUCUAUUCGUUCAUGUAGCCUUUUUACACUGUGACUUUCAUACCCAGUUGGUCUGCCUUAAAUUACCACUGUCUUCCAAUUAACUUCAGAGAUCACAAACAAGUGAAUAUGUUAGCAAAUACUUGUGAAUGUCGGGAUUUUCUCAGUCACUUUAUUUCCAUAUUAAACCUUCCCUGGUUGCUUUUACUCAUGUUUGUACACCGUUAAAUAUUCUGUCCAUGUAACUGCUUUUAGAGCAUUUUGUGAAUGAUUGACAUUAUUAAUUAAAAAAUCAGGUACUGGAAAUCGCUAGAAAAUAAGCACUACAAAUCAAGACUAUCUCGGUUUUGAACUGAUCGAAUUAUUGUAACACACUUUUGGAACAUAUGAAUAUCUGCAUAGUGUGUGUAGAACAGUUUCUGCGAGCUACAGGUGAGCGCAGCGCGCUUAUUCAGGCAAUAAGUAUCGAUUACGUAAUUUAAUUAUGAAAUAAUUUACUUCUUUAACCUUAUGAUUACCUGUAUAUGUUACUAGCGAUAAACAUGAUGUUACUGUUUAUUUUACAAAAUGGUUAUA